CGUGCACCCUAUCUUUUUUUUCUCGGGGAAAAAAUGAAGGGUACAUCGAACUCUGCUUGAGCGACAAAAGCUGCACGCCUCUCGACAUCCGCCGCCGCAUCCUACGCCAGCGGCAAGCUCCGCUGGCUCGCCAGCCAGUGAUAGGGCGAAUCUGGUUCUCCUCUACCUCCCUCGCCCUCUUCUUCUUCCUUAUACCUCCGGAGGUUCGCGUGCGAGGGGCCAGCACUGCUGCUACGGUUUUGGCGACAAAGAAGUGGCAGCGUACUGCUAGAGGUGAGCAGGACGUUUGUAGCGAUGUCACCAACGACCAUGACGAGGGCGUUGCGUGGAUGAGGAUCUCCGAUUGAGGGGCGGCGGCGGCGGUGGUCAAUGGGCGGCGCGCAGAAGCCGGAGUAGCGAGAGGAUCGGAUUCACGUACUGUGACAUCUCUGACGGCCGACGGAUUUCACAAUACCAGACACGUGAAGGGAGAAGGAAGAAGGGGAAAUCCAAUUUGGAGUUCUCAACAUUUAUAGAGGAGCGACCAGCCAGGAGGUGUUGUUGUGGCAGAUGCUGGUAUCGAGAACUGGUGUUGUUCAGAUAAGCUGGAACUAAGAGUCAUGGUUGUGUGGCGGAUAAGAGCUAGAAGGCAUCAUCAUGUGUGGAUUUCAGGCAGGAGGACCAGGAUCUGCAGUAUUUUUUAGUACUAGCACGUAUGUUGGACGACAAGAGACUUUAUCCAUUCGGGUCAGGCUUCUGAGACGGCCAGCACCUGCUUGCGUGUGUGUCAGUGCUGGGCGUUUGCAAGGCUAUACAGCUUCGACAAGAUGGACAGGGAGUCGGCUGUCGCCACUGACCUUCUAGGCGGCCGUUUCCGCAGGCUACCCUGCACCCCCCCCCCCCCCCCCCCUCUCUCCCCCCAAGACGGCGCCGAGCUCGCCCUCCAUCCCCGCCCCACAUCCCGGCGCCUCGAACUUGUCGUCCUCGCUCCCGUGGUCGCCACUGGGAAGCAUGAGGAGGCGGCCUGGGAUCGCUGGCUUAGAGUAUGCGGCGGCUACUCGCAACCAUCGCCGGCUGGUCGGGGAGAAUGUGGCCAAUGUCAGGACCGAUGUCAUGAAGGAGCAGCUUGCGACGUUUCGGUCACAGCUCGAGGAAUCUGCUUGCAAGCAUAAGAAAGCAUCCUUCUCUACCGUGGGUUUCGACCUGCCCGACUGGUUCCUGAACCCGAAGGAUGGUGAACCCUGUUCCAGGUUGGAUGGCAAUGGCGAUGAAGACUUUGUGCUCCCAGCCAAAUCAGACUUCUCAGAAGAACAAGGCUGCCCUGCUACCAAUGGAGGAUCCAGACCACUGUCGAUCCUUGCCAGCUGCCCUGCAUCCCAUGAAGACGCCGAAUUUGAGGCCGACGUGGAUGAGGUCAGCAGGAUUUUGAGAUCCCGGUUUGCUUCUCCAGAGGCCAUUGUGAUCUCCAUGGACUGCUGCCCUGUCAGGGUGUCAGCACGUCUUGUCAACAAGGUCCUGAGCAGGUUCAGCAAUGAUUGGGUGGCCGCAUUUGGGUUCUUCACGUGGGCGGGAACUCAGGCAGGCUACUGUCAUUCUGCUGAUUUAUAUGACAUGAUGGUAGACAUAUUGGGCAAGUUCAAGCAGUUUGAUUUGAUGUGCGGUCUGAUCAGCCAGAUGCAUGAGAUUGGGGGGUUGGUGUCGCUAGCGACCAUGAUGAAGGUGAUGAGGAGGCUCUGUGGGGCCAACCGAUGGAGUGACGCCAUUGAUGCUUUCCAUAAAAUGGACCGCUUUGGGGUGGCGAAGGACACAAAGGCCAUGAAUGUGCUCUUGGACACGUUGUGCAAGGAGAGGAGUGUGAAGCGUGCAAGAGGUGCCUUCCAAGCUUUGAAGGGGACAAUUCCUCCCGAUGAGAGUAGCUUCAACACAUUGGUUCAUGGCUGGUGCAAAGCGAGGAUGCUGAAGGAGGCUCGUGAAACAAUGAAGGAGAUGGAGCGGCAUGGUUUUAGUCCUUCAGUAAUAACUUACACCAGCUUGAUAGAAGCGUACUGCAUGGAGAAAGAUUUUCAGACGGUUGAUGAUAUCUUGGAUGAGAUGCACACAAAAGGAUGCACACCAAAUAUUGUCACAUACACAAUUAUGAUGCACGCGCUAGGGAAGGCUGGGAGGACACAAGAAGCUCUGGAUACUUUUGACAAGGUGAAGCAAGAUGGCUGUGCCCUAGAUGCUUCCUUCUACAACUCUCUGAUAUACAUACUCUGCAGAUCUGGGAGGUUGCAAGAUGCAAAUUUUUUGGUCGAAGAAAUGCACCGAACCGGAAUAUCCCCAAACUUGACUACCUUUAACACCCUGAUUUCUGCUGCCUGUGAUCACUCUCAGGCUGAGAAUGCACUUAAAUUGUUGGUUCGGAUGGAGGAACAGUCAUGCAAGCCAGACAUCAAGACGUACACCCCCUUGCUGAAGCUAUGCUGCAGAAGGCAAUGGGUGAAGACGCUUCUGUUCCUGAUAUGCCAUAUGUUCCGGAAAGACAUCACCCCUGAUUUCAGCACAUACACGUUGCUGGUGAGCUGGCUAUGCCGGAACGGGAGGCUCACCCAGUCCUGCUUAUUCUUAGAGGAGAUGGUGCUGAAGGGCUUUGCUCCACAGCAGGAGACCUUUGAUCUUGUGCUGGACAAGCUUAAGAAGAUGAACAUGCUUUCAGCAGUGAGAAAGAUUCAGCUUCUCAGGAUGCAUACAGAAGGUACUAGGUGUAGGAGCGGUGUUCCAUCUUAUUUGAGAGAGGAUGGUCACGGUAGACAGUGUUAUGCUGUAUUGUCAAACACUAGUGAAGCUGAAUCUUGGAAUAGAUGAAAAAAGGUACCCAGAGCUGUGCGUAGCGUACACUGUAAAAACUACUGUUGAUCUAUUUAAACACACCACCCUGCCAUAAAAAAGCUGGAUCCAAUCGUCCCUUUUGCUGGCUUCCAGUUGACCGAUACCUCCAGUGUUCAGUGCCGGAGACCAUUGUCACGUCAUGAGCUACAGUUGCCUAAUCCUAACCCUAGGGUGUUGGCAGUUAGCCUCCAUGUGUUGGCCGUUACUGGACAUGCCCCCCUCCUGCUCAACCUCUACUCACCUCGAGGUGUCCCAAUGUCGAUACUCUCUGGAUAAGCUCCAGCCUCCUGUGUAACAUAGAGCUCCAUAUGUAUCACAAACUCUCUAGGUAAUAUUAAUUAUAUGGAAAAGCCAACGGUUGGGAAAUUGGCAUGCUUAAUCUCUGUACGGAGACACGAAGGGGAGCUUCUCCGCUGCAAUACAACAAAUGGGCCAAGACUUAGUACGGUGGCACUGAUUUGGAAAGACGAUGAAUGCAGCGUCGAGGCUAGCAGGGGCAGAGCCACCCCUCUUCAUUACUCUCACGUAACGGGCUGGAUCUGCCCCUAAUCGAGGAUCUGUGACUUAAUAGUAACCGUGGAUACCGGUUCUUUGUGUUGAUACUCACUCUUUUUUUCUUUUCUUUUUUUGGACCUUUCUGUGCAAAUACUGGAAUGGAUUAAGGCUUUUUUUUUUGCC